CGGCACCCAAGGAAUGCCGCUGUCCCUUGCUGCUGCCGCGUGGCCUCGGGGAUGAUUUCCUCAAACCACUAGGAUGCCUGGAUGUUUUAAGAAGACGUGGUUCGGCUUGGCCUCGCUGCUGAGCUUCUCAUCCUUCUUGUUGAUCAUCAUUGCCGUGGCAGUCCCCAAGUGGACGAGUGGGAAGAUCCUCUGUCAGACCGGAGUGGAUCUGGUCAAUGCCACAGAUCCAGAGCUCGUUAAAUUCAUUGGAGACAUUUACUACGGGCUCUUCCGGGGCUGCAAAGUGCGGCAAUGUGGGCUGGGCGGCCGGCAUUCCCGAUUCACCAUCUUUCCUCACAUGGUGAAACAGCUGAACACUGGCCUUCAUGUCAUGAUUUUAAUCUUCCUUUUUGUGGCCAUGGCCUUGGCUCUAGUCAGUAUGGGGUUUGCAAUCCUCAAUAUGACCAAGGUCCCGUAUCGUGCAGUAAAUGGCCCUGCUGGUAUAUGUCUGUGGAACGUACUUGCAGGUAGUGUCGUUGCUUUGGCCAUUGGGAGCUUCAUGGCGGCUGUGAAAUUCCAUGACCUCACAGACAGAAUUGCCAAUUUUCAGGAAAAGAUAUUUCAGUUUGUCGUCUUGGAGGAACAGUACGAAGAGUCUUUCUGGAUCUGUGUGGCAAGUGCUACUGCUCAUGCGGCAAAUUUGCUGGUGGUAGCCAUCAGUCAGAUUCCCCUUCCUGAGAUAAAGACCAAAAUAGAAGAAGCAACUGUGACGGCAGAGGAUAUCUUGUAUUAAUUGCCUCCCCUCACAGUACCCUCUUCCUAAAAAGUGUUCUGUGAAAUUAAGUAAGGCAUAAUUUUGGAGGUUCUCAUGCUUCUGAUCUGCAUGCAGACCUUUCAUCAUUAAUGCUUUGGCCACUAAUUAAUUCGCAGUGAUUUUAUAGAUUCUAUAAAAGUCAAUGGAAACUGUCAGGAAUUAUAACCAGGGACUGUAAAUUGUAUGCUGCAUGAACCUCAUUGCCUGAAAAAGGAAUUAAUGAUGUAAUCAAAGAUGUGCAAUAAUGGCAUUUUCUCUAGAGACCGUCAUCCUAGGAAAUGUGUGGACAUAGGAAAGUCAAGCUAUCCUCAGACUGAUUUUGCUAUAUUCUUUUAAGGGAAACAGAAAGGAACAUGGUGGUGGGGAUGCUAGCAUUCCAUUGGUUAACAAAUGUCUAUUGAAUGAAAUAGAUUCAUUCUUGUUGUGUAAAUAGGCCUGUAAAUUGAAUUACUCACCAUAGAAAUCCUGGAGAGACUUGUUUGCAAAGUGAAGCAUUUUCUCAGGAUCUGUUGGGUAGGCACAGAUGUUUAUAGCAAAGUUUUCCUACAUUGUCCACACCUAUAUUAAUCAACCCAGAUGUGAAGAAGCAUUUUCCACUUUUGACUUCAUGCCAAGUAAAAUAUAACACUGCUCUCCUCUCAACCACAAACAAGCACAUAAAUUCCAUAUUUUAUUCAAGUCUAGCUCUGUGUUCAACAAGGCAGGAAACACCCCAGGAGGAAAUUCACUGCCCAGAAUGCAGACCAGCAAUUCAUCUGCAACUUAUACCAAAGUCUUAGCAGCCUAAGAGCACUGAGCAGUCCAUUAGUUUGCCCAAGGUCACACAACUAGCAUGUGUCCAAGAUAGGACUUGAACUCAGGUCUUCUUGAUUCCAAGGUCACCUGUCUACAACACUACUCUACCCCUAGAAGCUCCAUCUCACUUGAAAAAUAGCAGUUUGAGCUUAAUGCAAUGCCUCAAUAUACCUGUGCAGGAUUUCCUCUGCUCUGCUGAGUUGGAGUGAAUGUCAGAGGAAAGAGCCCUGGAUUCAGAGACAGGAGUUCUGAGUUCAAAAGCUAAACUCUGCCACUAAUUGGCUACAUGAGAGACCACUCUCAUAAUUUCUCUGAGCCUCAGUUUCUUUAUCUGUAAAAUGGGAAUAAGAAUUGCUGCCCGUCUCCUAGGUUUGUUGUGAUGGUCAAAUGAGAUAUUGUAAAUAAAGGAUCUUUGUGACUUUAAGGACAAUCCAAACCAAGCUGUUGCUGUUUUUUUCCCCUCCCCACAGAUGUCCCACAGAAAGCAUAACUUUAGUGCUUGGAAGUAGCAUAUAUUUCAGUGAACCUGUCUCCCUGGCUCAGAGAUGACAAUGAUGAAUCAUGUUAUAUUUGUGGUUUGUCCAGCUCUUAUGGCUUCACAAAAUCAAUUCUAAGCUGUCUGCUAAUGUAAGGAACAUUACCACAGAUCAUUCAGAACAAUAACAAACUCUCAAAACACUUCUAUUUUUUUUUUAACAGCAGAUCAGCCUUUUCAACCCUGUUUUGCUUAGGCCAAUGUAAAAAUUAAUUUGUGUUCCCAACAUACAGAACAUCCUCACGUUUAUCUGGCACUUCAGUGCUUACAAAGACCUCCUCCUCACAACAUCCCUGUGAGAUAGUCUGUGCAAGUAUUAUUAUACCCAUUUUACAGAUGAGGAUACUAAAGCUCAGAGGGGCAAAAUGACUUAUCUGUGGCACUAAGGGACUUCUCUACCUAGAUAUUGUUGUGUCUUGGGGGCUGAGAAGAUUGUGUGGGAGUGGUUAGGGUUGGCUAGUGUACUAGAAGUUGAAACAUGACUUGGUUCCUUAUGACCUGUAUGCCCUUGGGCAGGUCUUUUGCUCAUCUGCAAAAAGUGAGAGUUGUACUAGAUGAUCUCUAAGGUUCCUUCCAGUUCUAAAUUUUAAAAAAAAGACCAUCUCUGAUAUUGGGGAAAAAAAUAAUUGAAAGGUAAGGCAUUCCAAUAUGUCCUCUACAUAUUCAGUGAUGGUUCAUAGGAUAAAAUGGAGCCACAUGUAACCAGAGUAGGUGAAGAACGCUCAGAUCCGCCAUGUUUUCAAGGAUCUAGAAUAUUUUGGCUCUCCUACGAACAAAUCUUUGAUGAUCAAAGGAUAUUUAGAAACAGACAAAUUAACGUCUUUAAUAUUUUAUUAUAUUUACAUAAAAGAAUUUACACAAGAAGAAAACACUAAUCAUAUUCCUAUUUUCUGAUUAAUGUGGUCAUGAUAAUGUUAAUAUUUAUUUUAAGGUUAUUAACAUGCAUAUAAAUUGUUAUUGCCAAUAUUAAUUGCACUGAGUUAUACCAAAGCUAAUGAGAUUGAGUAUAUUAAUUUUUAAAAAUAUAAUGUUAGUGAAACAAAUUCUUCAUCUAUGUUGUUAGUGAAAAUAAGAGAGUAUUUUAGUUCAUGAAAAUGUGUAUAAUAAAAGGAAGAUUAAUUACCAAAAUCAAUUUUUAAAUGCACAGAAGAGAACAGAACAGAGCCCAGAAAGAGUCACAGACAAAUAGGACAGCUUUGAAAGUUAUAUGUUGAAUUUAUUAUAUAUUUAAAAGUUAAUGUAAACUUAUGAGCUUAUCAUUGGCAUGUUGCUACUUGGUGUAUGUAGUAGAGAUCGGCAAUUUCAUAUAAAUAUGUAUGCAUACAUAUAUGUAUAUAUAAAAUCUUUUUCUGUUUUUUGAACAUGGAAAUGUUCAUUUUGUUGUGUUUAUCAAGUUCAGAAUAACAACAACAACAAAAAGCAGUUCCUGCAAAGUACAUCAAAUAUAAAUAUACCUGCUUUCUUCCCAGUUACAAGUUGUAUUCUUUGAAAAUUUGAGUAACAUAGACAUUGUAACAGGUACACAGACUACAUGCAGUCACAGAAUAUAAAACGUCCAUGGAUCAUAUUA